AUGAAGACCAUGAUCCGCGAAUUAGAGGGUGAUAUGACUGAUGCUCAGAAUGGUGGACAAAUCGAUUCCGUGGCACUCGCAGCCAAGUAUACCCACUCCUUCGUCAAUAUCCACCCAUUUGUGGACGGCAACGGCCGAAUGUGCCGUUUGAUUCUAAGCUCACUUUUGUUCAAGCUCGGCAUGUUUCUGGUCACCAUUGGCGAAAAAAAUGUGGAGCGGUCACAAUACUUGGAGGUUGUAGCAUACGGGGGUGGCCUUGAAGAGAUGUACAAGGAUUGA